CUCAGGAGUAAAUACUUUCACUUUUUUAAUGUGUAAGAGGUAAUAGGUUGCCUGAUUAGUUUAAGUGUGAAGUCGACAUGAGUAUAGUUCAGGGUGAAAACUAUGUAUUUUGCUUAGCCGUAAAAUUUCAGAUCUGUCUCAAUUGAUGCUAAUACGUAUAAUUAAAUGAAGUAACGCAUUUUACGUAAUUAAUUUAUUUACGUAAUGUAUGUUUGAAAAAACAUGCAAAAGUGUUUAAAAAAAAAUGAGUUGAAAGUACCUUAUAUGAACGCUUUAUUACGUGUUCAAAUGCUUAAUUGAAACAUGACAUAAUUCGAUCAUCUGAAUAAAAUUUACUCAAAAGGGCCGUGCUACCAGUGUAUUCGACCAAAAAAGAACGUCGUAGACAAGGAAAGAUACAAACUAUCAAUACUUGCAUGCCCACUAUAUAUGUUAGUGGAGAAUGGAGUGUAGGUAUGAAAGAGAACAGACCACUAUGCUGAAUAGUCCCCAAAAGGAAAGGAAAUAAAAAGCAUAUAUAGGAAACAAAAAGAUACCAAAACAACACAAAAGUAUUGAGAACCUUUGGGAAAAAGUAUAGUUGAUGCUAGGAUAAAUAGUGUCACUACUCCAUUGCUAUUCAACCCUCACAUUUCACAAAUUAAGUUGGUGUUGCAAAAGAAGACAACCAACCUAGAAAGGAAGAGUUAAAAAAUAGAAAGAGUAGAACAAGUGGAAGGGGCACACAAAGCCAUCAAAGUAAAGGAUAAACAACUACUUCUUCAACAAUAAUAUCAAGCUAUGCAGUCACGAAGCAGCACAGAUGCAUAUAAUAUGUAUGGAGCUGGAAAUAUGUCAGGAUUAAUAUUCCAAGAGAACUCUCCAUGGAGUCUCCCACAAAGCUUUAAUACACUUGAUGAUCCAUUUCUUUUUCCACCAUCACAUUAUGAAGGUUUAUUCAACAGAAUUAGACCACCAAGUACUCUACAAUUUCCAUGUUCAUCAACACCUUUUGGCCUCCAAGAUGAGGUGCAGAAAAUGAGUGCACAAGAAAUAAUGGAUGCAAAGGCACUUGCUGCCUCCAAAAGCCACAGUGAAGCUGAAAGGAGACGUAGAGAAAGAAUCAAUAAUCAUCUUGCUAAACUCCGUAGCCUUCUUCCCAGCACUACAAAAACAGAUAAAGCAUCACUAUUAGCUGAGGUGAUACAACAUGUGAAGGAGCUCAAGAGACAAACCUCACAAAUAUCCGAGACAAAUACAGUAAUCCCAACUGAGAUAAACGAGUUAACAGUUGAGUAUUAUAAUGCAUCUGAUGAAGAAGGAAAUUUUGUGAUUAAAGCUUCAUUGUGCUGUGAAGAUAGGUCUGAUCUUUUACCUGACCUAAUCAAGACCUUGAAAUCUCUAAGGUUAAAAACACUAAAGGCUGAAAUAACUACACUUGGUGGACGAGUGAAAAAUGUGUUGUUCAUAACUAGAGAUCAAGAAGACACGUGGAGGAAUGAUAAUGAGGAUGAUCAAUUGCAAUAUACUCUAAGUUCAAUUCAAGAAGCACUUAAAGCAGUGAUGGAGAAAUCUAGUGAGAUUGAUUCUGGUUCAGGGAAUGUUAAGAGACAAAGAACUAGUAAUAACAUUAACAUAUUUGAAAAUAGAUCUCUCUAGGGGGAUAUAUACUUUGUAGUUUUUGACUUGGUAUGUAGUCUAAUUUCCUUUUUUUUUUUAAAAAAAAAAAAAAGAAAAAACUAAAUUCUUGUUCCAGUAAGUAUGUGCUAUUUUGGGUGUGUAUCGAAUUUUAAAGUUGUUUUUAACCUCUAAAAACAGCAUAAUAUAUAAAUUGAAUUUCUCCCCAUUUGUCAUCUUCAAAAUUAAAAACUUGGCGAAAGUGUGAGAGAGAAGUCGCCCCUUUGGAAUAGAACUUCAAUUCCGAGCUCACAGAAUUUGCUAUGCGUCUUUAAGAAAUUUAAUUCAUCCACAAUAUUUGAGGUAUUGAAUUAUUUCUCCCAAGAUGGAAUAUAAUUUACCUUUGUUGGAAUAGCGGUGUACUUCAACUUCCAGCAAACUUUGGACACCAAGACUGGAGUAAAUCACAUGAACACUCUAUUUCUUUGUAAGAAUAAUCUAAAGAAGAGACUCUAGGAAGGGUUCCUUUAAGUCUACAAGGGGCAUCAAAUAGGGUGAUCCACUAUCUCCCUCUGUAUUUGUUGUUGGUGCUGAACUUCUAUCAAGACUAAUGAACAACUCACAGGAUGAUCACUCCAUUCCAUAAUCUGUUGAUUCUAAAGGUCCCAUUAUCACCCAUAUUUACUAUGCAAGUCAUGCUGUUUUAUUUUCUUCUGGAGAUCCUUUAUCAUUGAAAAAAAUGAUAACCAAGCUAGAACUUUAUGAACAUACCACUGGACAGAAGAUUAAAAGGAGUAAGUCUGGCCUGUAUGUUUCCUCUAACUUCUCAAAUCACCAAGUAAGGGAAGCUUGCACUAUUACUGGCUUUAAUCAUCAGCAAUUC